AUGUCAACAAGAAACGAAGAACAUCAACAUGUUACAGAUUGUAAGAAAACAACAGUACCAAAAGGACUAUCACAGGAUUGUACAACAACAGUACAGAUAAAACGUCGGAAAAAUGUUGAAGAAAAAAAUCUGCGUUUAUCAGAUGAUGAAAAUGAAAAUCUGAAAAAAGACCAAUUACCAGUAUCAGUACAGAAAGAAGUAGAUAUAAGCACUAGUUCAGAGGUUGAAUCAAUGUGUCAAUUUAUUGAUGAUUUUACCGACCAGGAUGCACCUUACAAAGUCAUUAAGAAGAAAACAAGCAGUGUUCAAAUACCAACAAAAAGCAUAAUUGAAAGUAGAGAUGAUGUCCAAAAUGUAGAGUCAGAUACAUCAAAUAACCGCGAGGAGGAAAGGAAGCAUGUUACUGAUGACGACUUUGUAAAUAAAACAAACAGAGCAGAUGAAGACGAAAAACAUCAACUUGCUACAGAUUGUAAGAAGAAAACAGUACCAAUAGGACUAUCAAAAGGUGGUAUAGGAAAAGUACAGAUAAAACGUAAGAAAAAUGUUGAUGAAAAAGUGAUGAGUUUAGCAGAUGAUGAAGAUGAAAAUCUGAAAAAAGACCAAUCAACAACAUCGUUACAAAAGGAAGUAGACAUAAGCAGUUGUUCUGAGGUAGAAGCGAUGUAUCAAUAUAUUGAUGAUGGUAUCAACCUGGACGUACCUUUUGAAAUUAUAAAGAAGAAAACAGUCGUUGUUCAAAGACCUAAAAAAUACAUAUUUGGAUGUAGAGAGGAUGUCCAAAAUGUACAGUCAGAUAUAUCAAAGUACCAUGAGGAGGAAUGGAAACAUGUUACUGAUGACGAAAUGCUAGAUAAAACAUGUAAAACAAACAUCACAGAAAGACUACAUAUAGAAGAUAAGACCGAAAAACAUCAACUAGCUACGGAUUGUAAGGAAAAUGCAGUUAAGAAAGGAGUAUCAAAAAUCAAUUCAGAAAAAGUACCUAUGACAAAGCGUACCGAAAAUAUUAACGAGAAAAUUAUGAGUUUUCCAGAAAAGGAAAAUGAAAAUAAGGAAAUAGACAAAUCACCAGGAACAUUUUCGACUGAAGAAGACAUAUAUAAAAUUUAUGACGCAGAACGACUGUAUCAAUUUAUUGACAAUGGUAACACCCUGGAUGGACCUUCAAAAUUUAUAAUGAAGGACACAACCAUAAUUCAAAGACCAUCUACAGACAGAUAUGAAAAAGGAGAGGAUGUCCUUAUUGUAGGGUCAGAUAUGUUAACGAACCGUGAGCAGGAUAUGAACCAUACGGAUGAUGACGAAAUACCAAAAAUAACAGGUCCAACAAACGGCACACAAAAACCAAUAAGUGAAAAUUUAGACGAUGAAAAAAAUGUUAUACUUUUACAGACCACAUCUGUUCGCGCUGGUUGUUCAGAACGAGAUUCGUCAAUGAAUAGAAAAACAACUGAUAAAGCAACGAUAAGCUACUUGGCUCCAUUGAAAUCAAAAAUGAAUGUUGACAACAAGAAUAUCGAUGAUGAAAGGAUAAGACACCGACCAACACAAACAAGUAUAAAAGAAACAAUUCAAUUAACAAAAGAAAUCAGUGAUAACUUUUCAAUAGAUGAACAUGAAAGCAGUGACAGCAGUGUAUUGGAUAACCCUUUCUGUACUGUUAGUAGCUGUAUUGAUAUAAACAGUAAUGAAGUAAAGAUGGAUUCUAACAUAUGGUCAGAGGAUGUUAAACUAAUUAAUACUGAUGGAGAGAACACAGAUUCUUGUUCAAAAAAUCGAAGAAAUGAUAGGUACUCCGUUGUUGGAGAUGACAAUGUAAAUGAUGAUGAUAAUAAUUAUGAUGGUGAAGGAAACGGUGAUGCUGGUAAUGCCAAAAGUGAUGUUAAUGAUUAUGAAUGA